AUGAUGCUGUUUCCACGCUUCUUAAUCCUGUCAACCCUCGCUUUCUCCCAAUUCACAGCAAGUCUCAACAUCACAAGAUCUAAACCUCAUGCCGCUCUUGCUCCCUCGCCUCUUCCUCCCUCCCACGCCCACAGCGAUGGCGAGGCCAUAAUCACCGCCUUCCAGACACUUGGCCGCACCACGCCUUGGACCUGGGUACAAAACAUCACAUUCGAAGGCGACACCUACGAACCAGAAGGCAUCGUCCGUCUCGGCGCGGACCGCUACAUUGUCAGUGCAGGCGAGUAUACUGCUCCCACAGUCCCGUACAACAAGACGAUCAACGGCACGGACAGGACUGCUGGAGCCGGUUUCGCGCAUCUGAUUGUUUUCGGUGGCGAUGGCAGUAGGAUCGCGGACGCUACUGUGACUCGCGAAGGCGAUAUCGAGUACCAUAAUGGUGGACUCGAUUGGGAUGGUGAGAAUUUGUGGGGUGCGAUCGCGCAGUACAGACCAAAUAGUACUGCGUACGUCUACAAGGCUGAUCCAACGACCUUGGAACCAAAGACCGUGGUACACUACGACGACCACCUGGGCGGCGUCGUCCAUGACAAAACCUUAAACUCCAUCACCGCCCUAAACUGGGGCUCCCGCAACGCAACAACCUGGCACCUCCACCCCCACAGCCCUCCCAGCGCCCCGGCCACUCCUGUUCGCAACCCCUCCUUCUACAUCGACUACCAAGACUGCAAGUUCCUCGGCCACUCACCCACCUACUCCGGCCGACCCAUCAUGCUCUGUGGCGGCGUCUCAACCCUCGUCUCCAACGGGAACGUUUUCUACCUAGGCGGCAUCGCUCUGGUGGAUGUCGAGAUGAUGGUGCCUGUGAGCGAGGUGCCGAUUACGCUGACGAGUGCGAGGGGGGUACCUUUGACGCAGAACCCGAUUGAUGCGUCUGUGAGCAAGGAGGGGAGCUUGAGGUUGUAUUUGUUGCCGGAUCAGAGGGAGAGCACUCUUUAUGUUAUUGAAGCGUCGGGGUAG